GAUUGCCUUCGUGUACGCUUUACUCUUAUUCUUCGUCGUAGUCGCUGAGGCUGAGGAGUUGUAGCUGUAACUUUCACUGGCCGUUUUCACAUAAUAAAACACACAAACUCACUAAAAAUGGGCUCUGGCAAGCAACAAAAAGUGCAAUCAUCUGGUUUUACCAAGGAGGAGGAGCUGCUGCUGCAGGAUUUCAGUCGCAAUGUCAGCACAAAAUCGGCGACGAUAUUUUAUGGCAACGCUUUCAUCGUCUCCGCGCUGCCAAUUUGGCUCUUCUGGCGCAUCCACAACAUGGAUCUGCUGCCCAGCUCCAUUCUGUUUGUCCUGGUGACCGCAGCCAGCACCUAUCUGAUGGCCACAGCCUACAAGAACAUCAAGUUCCAGCUGAAGCACAAGAUUGCCGCACGCCGCGAAGAAGCCGUUACCCGUGAGGUCAACCGUCAGUUGGGAGAUGAUAAGAAGGUCACCCGCAAGGAGAAGGAUGAGCGCAUCCUGUGGAAGAAGAAUGAGGUUGCCGACUACGAGGCCACCACAUACUCGAUCUUCUACAACAACGCCAUCUACCUGGCCAUCAUCAUCUUCAUCAGCUUCUUCCUGCUGAAGAAUGCAACGCCUUUUGUGAACUACAUCUUCUCCAUUGGCAUUGCCAGUGGUGUCCUGGCGUUAUUCUCGACCAGCGCCCAAACGAACUGAACAACAUCCCAACACACGUUUUUGUAAUAUUAGAUGCAUUAAGAGAUUCUUUACAAAUUCCAUUCAUUGCAUGUCAACAUUUUAGCAAUUUUGAAAUAAUAUACGAGUAUGUAAAUUUUAGUACGAAUAGUUUUCGUCUUUCUUGUAGAAAGCGCAUGAAAAACUUCCGAUUUGCAAAAUGUUUUCAAAAAUAAAUUUGUAAAACCCAUAAA